GUUGAUUGCGUUAGUUUGUGCAGUGACACUAGUGGAGCCACAGAGGAGAAAGUACAGCUGGCCUUCGCCCAGGCCCAGCAGUACCAUCCGUGUGUGCUUCUGCUGAAAGAUAUCGAGGUGCUUGGCAGAGACCGGGACAGGCUAGCAGAGGACGCCAGGGUCAUCGCUACUCUGAGACAGCUGCUCCUGGACAGAGACCCAGCACUGAGCCACCCUGUCCUGGUGAUUGGCACAACCUGCAAGCCCCAGGAUGUUCCUACAGAUGUGCAGACCGCUUUCCUUCACGAGGUGAAAAUCGAAGCCCCUUCAGAAGAGCAGAGGAGGUCGAUGCUGAGCAUGCUGACUGCCAGUCUGCCUCUGGGCAAAGAAGUGAGCCUAUCCAAGCUGGCCCGCAGGACUGCGGGUUUUGUGCUGGGAGAUUUCUGUGCCUUGUUGUCCCACAGCAGCCGGGCUGCUUGCACCCGCAUCCAGGCCUUGAGUUUUCCAGGUGGACUGACCGAGGAAGUGGAGAGAGAUUUUUGCACUGCUGGGUUUCCAGUGCUUGAGGAGGAUUUUAGUGUUGCGCUGGACCAGCUGCAUGAUGCCCAUUCACAGGCAGUGGGAGCCCCGAAGAUCCCCUCCGUGUCCUGGCAGGAUGUUGGUGGGCUCCAGGAGGUGAAGAAGGAGAUCCUGGACACUAUCCAGUUGCCCCUGGAGCACCCAGAGCUGCUGUCACUGGGUCUGUGCCGCUCUGGUCUGCUGCUGUACGGGCCUCCAGGGACAGGGAAGACCUUGCUGGCAAAAGCUGUGGCGACCACAUGCGCCAUGACGUUCCUUAGCGUGAAAGGGCCAGAGCUCAUCAACAUGUACGUUGGGCAAAGCGAGGAGAACGUGCGUAAUGUGUUUGCCAGAGCCAGGGCAGCUGCUCCCUGCAUUAUCUUCUUUGAUGAACUGGAUUCCUUAGCCCCCAGCCGUGGGCGGAGUGGAGAUUCAGGGGGUGUCAUGGACAGAGUUGUCUCACAGCUCCUGGCUGAGCUUGAUGGCCUUCAUUCCACCAGAGAGGUAUUUGUCAUCGGAGCUACGAACAGGCCUGACCUCCUGGACCCAGCUCUGCUCCGGCCAGGCAGGUUUGACAAGCUGGUCUAUGUGGGCAUAAACGAAGACCGGGAGUCGCAGCUGCAGGUGCUGAGCACCGUCACCAGGAAGUUUAAACUGGAUCCUUCCGUGAAUCUCACCACCAUCCUAGAAAAAUGCCCAGCUCAGCUGACAGGAGCAGACAUCUAUGCCCUGUGCUCAGAUGCCAUGAUGUGUGCUGUCAAACGCAAGGUGGAAUGGAUCGAGGAAGGGCUGGAUACCGAGAGCUCUGCUCUGAUCCUGACCAUGGAAGACUUCCUGCAGGCUGCUGCAAGGUUGCAGCCGUCAGUCUCUGAGCAGGAGCUGCUCAGGUACAGACUCAUCCAGCAGAAGUUUGCUGCCUGCUAAUGCUCAGCAGAGCUGAGACUGGAGGAGUGAUGAGGACAGUGUGUUAAGGGGUGCAAGAGAACAGCCACAAACAGGCACCCACCUGCUCUUUUCUGAUGACUCCUGGGCGCCCUUCUUUUGAGCUUGGGUGGAAAAAGUGGCUGUGCAGUUUCUUGAGCCAAAGCCUGGUGGAAGCGCUGCUCUGC